AUGAUACAAACCGAAAGAAUGAAACAAGUUUUAGAAAAUCGACAAAAUAUUAAACCCAUCAUUGAAGCCAUAAUGUUGUGUGGGCGUCAAAAUAUGCCUUUAAGAGGACACAUUGACUGGGGACGCUUACAUGUUGAUGAUAAUCUACAAAAUAAUCAAGGCAAUUUUCGUGAAAUUAUUCGUUAUCGAGCACAGGGAGACGAUGUAUUAAGGUCAAUUCUAGAAAGUGAAAGAAAAGUUAAAUAUUUAAGUAACACGAGCCAAAACGCUAUCAUAGAUUCUUGUAACUCAGUUUUACUCAGUUAA